AUGUCCCAGGACAAGCUGAUUCCGACUCAAGGGGAUGGCAUCACAGCUGCAACAAAGACGCAAGGAGAUGUUGCAGGAAAGACGUUCAAAGUCAGGGUGAAUCUGUUUCGGAUGAACUGGACGGCUAGCAUCCACCAGUAUGGAUAUGAACUGCCAGAAACUUGGAUCCAUUCUGAGCGGAAGCUGAUUGAGAUGGGCUGGGCCGACUUGAAGAAAAACCUGUCUCAUUUUGUGGUUUUGCUACCUGGCCGCAUCUUCUCCCCCAUCAAAGUGGACAAGUUCCCGAUGAAGGUCAGCGACGCGUCUGGGGGGGAGGUAGAUGUUUGCCAUGUGGCCGAGAUCAGCGCGCAGAAGAUUCAAGAUGGUCUGAUGGGGCCGGCUUCUAUGGUGGGGCAGCACCUUGCUGACCAGCUAGCCGGGCAACGGCGGAUACAAAGGGUCGGCAAGCGAUUUUACAAGAACGACUGCCAGCAAGUCGAGGGACGACAUCGUGUCAUCAGUGGGUAUUCUGUGAACCUUGCCAAGCUGGGCAGUGCUGGGCCAUUACUGCAACUUGAUGUCCUGCACAAGCCAGCCAAUACCAGGAGUAUCGUAGAAGUCCUGAGAGGUUCCAUGGAAGGCACAGAUGUUUUCCAGGCGCUUCCAGAGAUCCGAGCAGAAUGGCUUCGACUCUGCGUUUCCGCGACGGUGGUGACGAACUACAACUUCCGCGUCUACAGGAUAAAGCAAGUGCAUUUCGACAUGAAUCCGUCUCAAACCUUCCAGUAUCAUGAACGAGGGGGAGGUGCAAAGGAAUAUACCUAUGCAGAUUACCUCCUCCAGUACUACCAGAAAUCUGUAACCUUCAACAAGCAGCCAAUUCUGGAAGCGUAUCCAGAGAAGGCCAAGGAGAAAGUGUUUCUGCUGCCAGAGUUUUGCUGUUUGGUGGGUGUUACAGACGAGAUGCGGAAGGAGAAGAGUUCCCUCAGUGAAGCUCUAAAGCAAAUCAAAGCGUCUCCCAUGGAGAGGCACAAUGAGAUCGUGCGUGACGCCGAGGAGAUGGAGAAGCAGCUUCCUGAAACCCUCAAUGCGUGGGGUUGUCAUUUGGGACAGCCCAUAGAGACUCUCGAGGUCGAAGCAAAGCAACUAGAGCCUUUGCAAGUAUGCUUCAAGACGAAGCAGAUGUCUGCUAUUGAGGAGGGUAGCUUUUCCAAAUCCCUGCGAACCGGCGUGCAGUGUGCUGUUAUGAUCGAUCAGUGGCUAUUGUUCUAUCCGGAGGCAGAUGAGAAAGUCGUGGACACUUGGCUAGCGUCACUGCGGGAUGUUGCACGG